UCAGAGUGCUCCUUUACAUCAGUUGUCUCCAUCAGAGUGCCCCUUUACAUCAGGUAUUCUAAUAACAGUGCCACCUUAAAUCAGGUAUUCCUGUCAGAGUGCCCCCUUGCACUCAAAGUACCCCUUUCCAUCAUAUUGCCCCAUCAGAGUGCCCCUUUACAUCAUAUUUCCCAUCAGAGUGCCCCUUUCCAUCAAAUGUGCCAAUCAGACUGGCCCUUUCCAUCACAUGUGCCCAUCAGAGUGCCCCUUACCACAUGUUGUGCCCAUCAGAGUGUACCUUGACAUUAAAUGUACCCAUCAGAGUGCCCCUGUA